UCCAGGAACAGAGCUGUCAGGGGAGAGAGAGUGUACCGCAGCUAUGGACUGACAACAGCGCAAGUUAAGCGAUACUUCUCACUCAUUUCUGGUCUGACCCUGGAGUGUCAUUUUGUGACUGUUUGGGUGGAGGAGAGUGGAGCUGAAGUAGAGUGACGGAUUCUUCCUGAGACAGACAUUUGGUGAGAUUUACACAAACAAAACAGGCCUGCGAAGUGCAGGUCAUGCCCUCAUCUUCCUCCCUGUGUAAUGCCGAAGAGUGACACAUGGCCAGGUGAUGUUCCUGUGGAAUCCUUCAGCAAUAUGGACAGCGCAGGAAGCUCGGACAGUGUAAUCAGCAUGAACUCUGGCUAUAGUGAAGACAGCAUGGAGUAUUUAUCUGCAGAGGAGAGGGCAUGUCUCACGUAUUUUGAAGAAACAAUUGAAGCACUGGAGGUGCAGGAGGACAGCGGCUUAUCCAGUGAUGAAUCACAUCAUGAGUCACGGGCAGAGAAAAUUGAUCAGAUGAGAGGAAAUGACAUUUCCACUUUGACGGCUGACGCCUCCAAAGGCAACCAGAAAUCACUUCUCAGUGGUGAAGUGCCAACAGCACCACCUGCAUCCACAGCAUUAGCUGCUAAUGGAAAAACUCAGCAUUAUGCUCUAAAUCAAACCUCUGAACCACAACACAGUCCUCUUAUUCCUGAAUCAUCUACUCACUGCAGAAACCACUCAUCAGUUACGCCCACUGAGGUGUCAGGCUUAGCCAAAGGUGAAGGUGCUCAUCCUGAGAAUGUCACAAGUACUAUUAUUUGCCCAGGACCAUCCACUGAGGCCUCUGAGAUUGAUCUGAGUCUAAUCCCUCCUCCCUUAGACUUCAGGGAUAAACCAGACUCUCCUUCACAGCCUGAUAAAAUAAAUUGCCCCCCUCCAUCUGUGGGAAUUUCCCGUAAAAAGCCAGGAACAACCUUUGAUUUGGAGCAGAUACGUCAGAGAGCCUCUGUCAAGAAAACUCUAACAAGUCCUGUGUCCGACGGGUCUACAAGCAAACCUCGACUUGAUUUGUCUCCCAUUGUGCUCACAAGUUCACAAAUUGUUGCUUCACCUCCUGCUGAAGCUGCUGAGCCUAAAAGUCCACCUGUUGUGGCCCCAAAGCCCAAAAGUCUUCCCCACAACAUUGUGCUGAACUCUCACAAGAGAGCCAACUCUGAUGGAAACUCAGAGAAGCCAUUCUUGGACCCUCACAAAGUUCGCAUGGAGGCUCUCAAAAAGCUUGGUCUGCUUAAAAGCAGUGACGAAGUUUCAGGCCCAGCCCUGAGCCCUAAACUUCCCCUCAAAGCCAAAACGUCUUGGACAGCUUCUUCUCUUCCAAUCAGCCCAGCAGCUCCAAAUGAACCACCGUCAACACAGCAUUGCAGCCCUUUGCCUGCGUCUGUUACUGUCCAGUCUUUGACUCCUGCUGCUGCUGCAUUACCAUCAACCACUUCUACUGCUCUUCCACUUCAGGAUCCUGAUAUUAUUGCAGCACCUGCUGCUUUUGGUGACCCCAUCAAGCCGUCACCUUCAGAAAAUGAACUGUCUUUCAAAUAUGUCACAGAGGCCACCCCUCUUACCCCUCCUGCUAUGGUCAGGCAGCCAACACCACCAAAGGUCAAAUCAGCCAGCCUGGGACGCUCUGACUUGGGUGGAAGCAGAUAUAUGGCAGGCCAGAUCUUCAGUGAGGCCAGUCAGGAUAUCAGCAGCAGUCAGAGCCUCAGCCAGCAACAUAACAAUCGUCCACGCCCGACAUCUCUACGGAGUAGGUUUUCAAGUGCUCAAGGAGAAGUUUCGGGUGCAGGCCCUGCCCUUACUAAAGACCCAGCAUCACAGAGGGCCUUGCCUGCCAGCACUGCCUUCCAUCACUCCAGAGAUGGUCAGAAGCUGCCUCGAUCACAAGGUAUCAGCGUGCUGAUCUGCCCUCGUUCAGAAAAUGAAGAAGACCGCCGUGUGGCCCUGAAGAAGCUGGGCCUGCUAAGAGAUUAAGUGUGCAACUCAUUUGCUAGAUGCUACAAACU